UAUUUUUUAAAGGACGUCAGUUCACUUUAUACAGUUAAUUGAUUAUUGGCAUAUAACCUUAAAAAAUCUCGAGGUGUAUUCUUGUCGAUACAAAAGUUUUCAAUUUAGAUGUGAGAUUGCUUUAAGGUAGGUGUCCUCUUGAGGGACAUUUGUGAUUGGGAAGCCAGCAGAUAUGAACUUUGAAUAUUUGACAUUUGAUAUAACUGCGAAUACAUCACUGGACAGAAGAGUGUACAUGCAGCAUUGUGAUUUUAUGAAUUUAUUUCACUCUCGAUACCAUCAACAAUCGACUGAAAUGACACCUUUAGACUGGGUGAUUCCUGUGAAAGAAAUUCAACGGUGAAGAACAUUUACAUAUCGCGGCGGAAAAAAGGACUGAAGAUUUGCUAAUGACGGGAUAAACUUGUCUAAAAAUGAUCAACAAAAUGAAUAUUUGUAAUGCAAGUGCCAGGAGCAAAUCCUUUUUGUAGCAUUUGGUAUUACUAUAACUAUAAAUAUUACUUUAAGUUGAGAAUUCAGAGAGCGUCUCGAAGAAAUAAGUUCACAUGCUCUUCCGCGCCAUCACAGAAAGGACAGUUUGAUUGGUUUCAUCUGACAAACCCGCCGUACUUAUCCGAGCUGGGAGUUUCAAUGACUUGUGUUGUUCUCUGAUAAGUAAAGAACCAUGCCCCGAAGACUGCUGUCGGACCACCUGUUUGGUGAAACAGCUAAUAGUUCUAUCUUGCGGAUGAGCAAUGAGGCUAUGCUGCAGACAAAGAUGAAAAACGAACAUGAGAGAUGGAAAUUACUGAAGGAACUUAAACAACUGAUUUCUAACGAGAAGGUAGCACGGAUACACAAUAGUCGCGAGCUCGAGAUGCUGCGAGACGAGUACACAAAGAUGAUAGCAUGUGGCCGUGUGUAUAAGGAGCAUGGCUUCGAGAGGUAUGACCCCGCUUUGAAUAGACGACCAACGACAGAGAAAAACAACAUUCAGAAUAACAACUUAACUCCAUUUUCUCGACAAACUUCAUUGUGUUCGACACAACUACCUGACAUCGAUGAUGCCCCGGGAUAUGUGAGGAUAGUGAAGAGGAACCCUAUCAGAAGGAGUAAAUCAGAUGUGUCCGAGAUCAGACGAACGGACACUGUUUACACGCGAACCAGAUUUUCCUCUAUUGCCGAGAGCAAUAUCAGUGAUAUUUCCACACCCGUGGACAAUAGAAACAUUGAUAUAGACGAUCUGGAAAAUGAUAUGGAAGCUAUCCCCGAGGAAAAAAUUACAAAUGCCGAGGAGGAAGAAGAAAAGAAAAUAACAUCGGCCCUAUCUACAAUCCUUGCAAUCAAGUUGCACGCUUUGGUUAUGUGGAAGCAACAAAUGCACAAGAUUCCGGAACGAGCUGUCUCGGAACGUCCACGAUUUGUCCGGAAAGUGACUACAGGUGAAGCUCCUCCAUCAACCAACAUCCGGGCACCAUUAUCACGACCAUCCUCGUUGUUGCCGGGAGACUGUAAAACGGUGUUCGGGAUGAAGAAGUUCAUUGAACGUGAAGUGUCAAAUAGGAUUGUCGUGCUUUCAUCACCAAAGAAAGACAAAGCAAAAUUGGACAAAAUGAUUGAAAAAGCGCGUCUCCCGCAACUCAUUGAAAGACGAAAAACAACUUCAGCAAUAUUUCGAGAUUUUCGAACGUACAAAGAAUCUCAACAUUCUCGUAAACCGGAAGGCAACAUACCGGACCAAAACAGACUGGAGAGACACAAAACGCAACCGAAUGUAUUGGAUUACACAAGACUGGAGGCAAUCAAAUCAGGAGCCGAUAUAGUGGAAGGCCAAGAAAUGGGGGCAAACACAACAGGGAACAACAGGUCUGAAAGUGUAUUGACUUCUGAUAGUCUUCCCAACGGCAAAACAUAGAUUUACCCCUGUUACCAAUGUUGGUAAAGCGUCAGACACAAGUCGACAGAACUUUAUAAAAUACGCUUUAAGUUGGUGAGGAUCUAAUGCUACUGGGCUACUGAACUCGACCCUACCUGUAUACGUUUGUGAUGUAUAUAUCAGUAUUACUUACAUGUACGUGUUUGCUGUGAUCAGCCUAGAGACUGGAGGAGCAAUUAAAACUUCCACACAUUUCUAUUGCCUAACUGGACGAUCACUAGCUGAGACCAUUUAUCUCAGGUGGUACAGCUAUCGGAACUUUUGACAGGGAAUAUUAUAACAACUAUGAACAGUCCCGAGGGACAGAAUCACACAACAGGAAGUUAUCCUGUAUCAUUGGUUGUCAGUGGGACAUAUGUGACCCAUCACAUGCAAACAGUGCUAAUUAUCACUUUUAAAACGUUGGAAAUGUAAUACAUGUACUCCGAUAAGUUUUAGACCUUUCCAGUUUGUCGCCAUCAUACGAAUUAAAACGGAAGAUGUAAUGAUUGUGAAUUACACAUGAUGAUACAACAUUCGUAGUCAAGAAAUAGUUCUGACAACUGCUAAAGUGGUAUUCAUGACAGAAAAAGUGGCAAUGUCUAUACACAUAAUGUGAUAAUGUGUUCUAAACAUUGAUUUGUAUAAUGGUUGAAGGUAUUGAUAAAAAAAACCCUCAUUAAUCUCCUUUGUUCUGUGUGCUCAUGUCUUCCAAGUUACAAAUAGUUAUGGUCUUGUGCAUUGAAAGUCGGUGAUCAAAGUCACACAAUGUGUGUGUACUCUCCAAUCCAAACAAAGUCACACAAUUUGAGUGUACUCUCCAAACGAAGUCACUGAUCAAAGUCACACAAUUUGUGUGUACUCUCCAACCAAAACGACACAGUACAACUGUAUACGUAUACACUCAAACCAAGCCUCAUGGUACGAUAUACUCUCCAACCAUGUCACACGCUGUGUAUUCCCUCUAAUCAAGUCCCACAAUUUGUGUGUAUUCUCCAAACAAGUAACACAAUUUUUGUGUAUUCUCCAAACGAAGUCAAAGAUCAAAGUCACACAAUCUGUGUGUACUCUCCAAACGAAGUCACCGAUCAGUCACAUAAUCUGUGUGUACUCUCCAAACAAAGUCACACAUUUUUUUUGUAUUCUCCAAACGAAGUCACUGAUCAAAGUCACACAAUUUGUUUGUACUCUCCAAACGAAGUCACUGAUCAAAGCCAUACAAUUUGUUUGUACUCUCUAAACGAAGUCACUGAACAAAGCAAUACAAUUUGUUUGAACUCUCCAAACAAAGUAACGCUGUGUGGAGACUCUCUUAUAAGAAAGACAAAGUGAACCAGACACGUUUCAUUUCAAUGUUUUAUUACAUAAUCAUCCGUUUGAUUGAUUGGUGCAUCAAUAAAGCUAAAUUUCGAUCAGGAUAUGACAACCUCAGGAAUGUAGCACACACUCCUGGCCAACACUAUAAUCUAAAUCACCUUCCUUAACCCCGGCAAGUUACAGAAAUCAUGUUAUAUUAACAGGUCAAGAGGUCAAAACUAUAAAAAA